AUGGAAACCACUGCCGAUGGCUACAGUUGGACAGAAGCUCACGGUACCAAAAAGGGCGGCUUCAAAUGUAGAGGGGUUGUGUUUCCACCCGAACGGCGAAGUUCGAACUCGACAGUAUAUGAUACAAUCGUGAUUGGGGCUGGCUACGCGGGGCUUGCUGCUGCCCGUGACCUCGCUACAAGCAAACGGUCGGUACUUCUCCUUGAAGCACGCGAUCGCGUAGGUGGUCGUACAUAUACUCUGGAAGAUGAAGAUGGCUCAGGGUUUCUUUUCGAGAUGGGGGGCACAUGGGUCACGCAUCACUUUGCCUACGUACUAAAGGAAAUGACCCGGUAUAAUAUGCACCAGGACAUGAUUGUCUCGCAGCAUCCAGGUUAUGAAAAUGACUACUAUACAUUGAACAUUGACGGAGUAAAGCCUCGCAAGCUCAGUCAUGAGGAAGCCGGUCAGAUGUUACGACACGCUUGGGAUACUUUUGUCAACGUUGAUGGAGACAUGUGCCGCAAAAUUUGUCCACUCCCACACAUCCAGCUUGGGAACAGCAGGGUGGAUCGCAAGGAGGUAGAGAAAAUAGAUAAGAAAACCUGCAAAGAACGUCUUGAUGAGAUUCGAAACCUUCUUUCUACGGAGGAGGUAGGCAUGCUUUCCUCCCUCUUACUGAUUAUAAGUGGAGGUACUCUAGAGAAGUUUAGUCUUUGGGAUAUUAUCCGCUCACAGGCUCUCCUAAUUCAUUCGUCACUUAACUUUGCCGACAUUUGGUCUACUUAUAAGCUUCGCGAAGGCCAAUCAGCUCUUGCCCGUCGAAUGUUCGAUGAGGCCGCGGACUUUGGUCUUGAAUACAUGUUCAACACUCAAGUGACCUCUAUUAUGGACCAAACUCGGGAUAUUGGUGGCUAUGUCAAAGUGACCACCUCCAACAAUGAGGUGUAUACAGCACGCCGAGUUAUCUGUACUAUCCCACUCAAUGUCCUGAAGACCAUUCAGUUCAGUCCACCACUUUCUGCUAAGCGCCAGGAAGCAAUUAACAUUGGUCAUAUUAAUUUCAUGUCAAAAAUACACGCCGUGGCGGACGGCCCUGGCCUGGCCUCCUGGCAUGGAUCCAGAUUUCCCGGUAAACUAGCGACAGGGCAAGGUGACGGACUCACUGCGCAAGGGGACGCACAUCUUGUUGCUUUCGGAGGAGAUGAGCGCAAAAACUUCACACCUGAACUUGAACCUGAAAAGGUGGUCGCUGCCUGGAACGAACUACAUCCAAUGCGUAUUAAAAAGACGGUUUUUCAUAAUUGGUGCACCGACCCCUACUCCAACGGUGGUCCGGCCUGGUGGCCCGCGGAAUACAUGAGCAAGUACCAGGACGAAUUGCAAAGCCCUUUUGGUGCGAUCUCCUUUGCGUCUGGCGACUGGGCGCACGGCUGGCGAGCUUCCAUUGACGGAGCUCUCGAGCAAGGCUCCCUAUGCAGUAUCCGAGUACUUAGGGAACUCAAUAAUUCUACUAAAUCUCAUAACCGCCAAACGAAGCUGUGA